GCUCUAAGUAAUCUCAUGAUUGCUCAAAGUGGAAAAGGAAUUUUAAAAGUGAUUUUGAGAACUUCAAACCCAUUGCUUUGGAAACUCACAGAGGCCCUGUUUAAGAAACUGAAAGAAAGCACCACUUUACAAACUACUCACCUAUCCACCUGUUCACCCUGUUUGGAUCUUAUGGAAGAGUUGAUGAUUCUGAGAAUCUUCAUUAACCACCUUCAGCAUUCCAGAGAGCGGAAUUACAAAGCAGAAUUGGAAGCAUGCAGCCUCGAGGCUAUCCCUUUGGAGUUUGGUGACUUUCAUCCUCUGAAACUUAUUACUGUCACUGAAUCAAAGACAAAAAAGUUUGCUCGUAAAGGAAGUACUUCAUCUACCUCUUCUUCAUCGUCUAGCUCAGUAGUGGAUCCUUUGAGUAGCGUGCUGGAUGGCAGUGACCCUUUGUCGCUGUUUGCUGCAACAGCAGAUCCCCUCACAGCUGCAUCAAUGAUGACAGGAAAAAACAUGGAUCCUGGUAAAAAGCAGCGUGACAAAGAAGAGGAUACAGGAGUGGGGAUCGAUUUUGAACCAUGGUCUGCGAAGCGCAGUCAUAUACUUGCUCGAUACACAACCACAGAGAAGCUGUCCAUAAAUUUAUUUAUGGGAUCUGAAAAAGGUAAAGCCGCAAGUCCGGGAUCAGCUGUCUCUGAAAAAGUGAGGACACGGUUGGAAGAGUUGGAUGACCUAGAGGAGGGUUCACAGAAAGAACUUCUAAACUUGACCCAGCAGGAUUAUAUAAACAGGAUUGAAGAGCUGAACCAGUCAUUGAAGGACGCCUGGGCUACAGAUCAAAAAGUGAAAGCACUGAAAAUAGUUAUUCAGUGUUCAAAGCUGCUCUCUGAUACCAGUGUGAUUCAAUUUUAUCCAAGCAAAUUUGUUUUGAUCACUGACAUUCUGGAUACUUUUGGUAAACUAGUAUAUGAGCGGAUUUUGUCCAUGUGUACAAGGAGUCGAAUUUCCCUUUCUGGAAACUCUGUGUCAGAUAACUUUUGUCAAGAUGAUGUGAAUGAAACUGCAAAAGAAACCUGUCUGAAUUGGUUCUUCAAGAUUGCGUCGAUCAGAGAGCUCAUUUCAAGAUUCUAUGUGGAGGUGGCCAUAUUAAAGUGUAAUACAUUCCUUUCCAAAACUGGUAUCUCUGAGACACUUCCACGUUUGACAUCCAUGAUAAGGGGCAUUGGUGAUCCAUUGGUUGCUGUUUAUGCUCGAGCUUAUCUUUGCAGGGUUGGAAUGGAGGUGGCACCCCAUCUGAAGGACAGCUUGAAUAAGAAUUUUUUUGAUUUCCUCUCCACGUUUAAACAAAUCCAUGGUGAAACAGUUCAGAACCAGUUGGCUGUGCAGCGGGUAGAGAUUCCAAUUUACCUUACGUUGUAUUCUCCUGCUAUAGACUGGAUUCUUCAGUGCAUUGCAUACAGAGCACCUGAGGCCUUACUUACAGAAAUGAUGGACAGGUGCAAGAAACUUGGAAAUAACGCUCUGCUGUUGAACUCUGUAAUGUCAGCAUUUAGACCGGAAUUCAUUGCAACAAGAUCUCUGGAUUUCAUUGGCAUGAUAAAAGGUUGUGAAGAAUCUGGUUUUCCCAAGCAUCUUCUUUUCCAGUCCCUGGGGUUGAACUUGGCAUUGGCUGAUCCCCCUGAGAAUGACAGGCUACAUAUCCUUAAUGUGGCAUGGAAAGUUAUUACCAGACUGAAGAAUCCCCAGGAUUAUAUUAAUUGUGCUGAGGUAUGGAUAGAUUACAUAUGCAAGCACUUUACAAGACAUGAAGUCAAUACUGUGUUAGCAGAUGUCAUUAAACAUUUAACUCCAGACCGAGCUUUUGAAGAUGCAUAUCCACAGCUUCAAUCAAUUAUAACAAAAAUACUAGAUCAAUUCCAUGAUUUUGCAGUUUUAUUUUCAAUGGAUAAAUUCCUACCGUUUCUCGAUAUGUUCCAAAAAGAGAAUGUCAGAGUGGAGGUAUGCAAAUCCAUUAUGGAAGUCUUUAUUAGGCAACAGCAAGAGCUGACACGUGACCCUGUCAUACUUAAUGCUCUGAUGCAUAUUUGCAAGACAAUGCAUGACUCUGUCAAUGCUUUAACAUUGGAAGAUGAAAAACGGAGUUUGGCUGCGUUAAUAAAUGGAUUUAUCAGAAUGGUUUCAUUUGGUCGGGACUUUGAGCAACAGCUAAGUUUUUAUGUAGAAGCCAGAUCAACAUUUUGCAACUUGGAACCUGUUCUUAUCCAGCUGAUCCAUAGUGUGAAUCGACUUGCGAUGGAAACAAAGAAAGUCAUGAAAGGCAGUCAUUCCAGAAAAACAGCAGCAUUUGUAAGGGCUUGCGCUGCAUAUUGCUUCAUUACCAUUCCAUCCCUGACCAGCAUCUUCGCACGUCUCAAUCUGUACUUGCACUCAGGCCAAAUUGCUCUUGCAAACCAGUGCCUUUCUCAAGCUGAUGCCUUCUUUAAAGCUGCAAUCAGCCUUGUUUCAGAAGUACCAAAGAUGAUAAACAUAGAUGGAAAGAUGAGAAAUUCAGAAGGAUAUCUCCUUGAGUUCCUAAAUAACUUCUUUUCAACAUUGUUGAUAGUGCCUGAUCAUCCAGAACAGGGCGUCCUUUACUUAGUGAGAGGCCUUUUAAAUGUCAUCCAGGAUUACGUUUGGGAAGAUCAUACUGAUACAAAAGUGCGGAUCUACAUAAAUGUUUUGCAUUUGCUGGCUGCGGCAAGUCAAGAAACUUACAUCUACCAUGUAGAUAAAGUGGAUUCUAAUGAUAGUCUCUAUGGGAGUGACCCCAAAUUCUUGGCAGAAAUUAAUAAGCUUUCUGAAACCCUCAUUGGACAAAUCCUUGACCAUCUCAAGACUCUCGGAAAAGAGGAGACUUUGAAGCGACAGAGUACCUUAAGCUUGUCCUUAUUUAGCAGUAUCCUUAGCCAUGGAGACCUGAAGAACAGUAAACUUAAUCAACUAACGAUAAAUUUGUGGAAUCUUGCUCAAAAACAUGGGUUUGCUGACACAAAAACCAUGGUGAGGACAUUAGAACACAUCAAACGCCAGAGCAAACAACCAAAUAUGAGUCAUUUUGCAGAUCUAGCAUUGAGACUUCCACUACAGACACGAACAUAACAUAACCUCUUGUUCGUGUCACACAAAUUCACAACUGCCAAUGGGAGAUGUCUGCCUUUAGUAUGGAACAAUUACUUCAAAAGUGUGUUCAUUAUUUCAUCUCAUUAUGUCUGCUUCUGCUAAAAGCCUACACUUAAACGAAGAAGAAAGACGGCUAUGAACAAAUGAAGACGUGAAUCACGGGCACAGAAUGGACUCUAUUUGAUCUAGCUGGAGAACAUGAAGGCUUGAUCAGCAAGGGAAAUAAGCUUGUCUUGGUUUUGUGUUUCUAAUAUCGAUUAUCAGACCUAUACGAGAGAACUAAAAACAGGUUGCCUAUAUUUCUGAUGCCCUGGCACUCAUAUGAGACCUAAGAAAAGAGGAAAAUUUAUGUACUUAGAGGUAUAACGAAGAUAUGUAAAAUUAGAAACAAUUACCCAGCACUUGAACAACUUGAAAAUAAUAUUGGUCAGUGAGACCAAAGCACAUUUACUAAGAGUGGAAUAGUUCAGUUAUAGUUAACUUCAUUACAUUAUGUAAUAUGAUCUCCUAGCUAUUCAGAAUAAUUGUUGGACGUUGAUUCCCCCUCCAAUACAUUUAGUACUAAUGUCAAACUUUGGUCCUGAAAUUUCAAGCUCUAUAAUUGGUGAUGCAACAUUUAUUACUUUGGCUCAGAUAAGUACAGAGAGAAAAUAAUUUUGUUUGAUUGUUGCAGAUUGUUUACUGUUAAGAAUCUCCUUUUAUCACCACAGCCAUCAGACUGUUAAUAAGUGGUUACCUAUGAAGCUGUUUGAAGCAAACGGACUCUUUGACCAUUGUUCCACACAGCAUUCCAACUGAUGUCUGAGCUAAGUAACGUUGAUGCACUGUACACAGUUUUGAAUUAAAGACAACAGUGAGAUACACAUUUACUUGAGGUAUGCAAAAAUAUUAUUUGAUUGAGCCAUUGGAUUCCAUUUUAUUUGCGAUAUAUGUGAAUUGAAAUAAUCCUAGGCUAUUAUAUGUUUGUCCAGUUUUUGAUCAUUUUAUAUACUAGUCUACAAUUCAUUACAAAUUGGGGAAAAAUAAAUUUUCAGUACUGUCAUUUAGGGAAAAAAUUGAGAUUAUUUUCAUAGGCAACUGUGUAAGAACUUGAAAAGAUUAUUCAUAUUUCUUCAUAUUGGGAAUGUCUAAUACAACAUAUUUUCUGGAAAAUGUUUAACAGUUUCAAUGUAACAAUAUUCUGUGCUUGCUUUCUAAUCCAAGCUCCAGAAUUGGUACUUAAUGCAUAUAAUACAAACUAAAACUGAUGAAUUUAUCAAUAGCAGCAUAAAAAGUUUAUUUGCAUUUUAGAUUAAUUUAAAGCAAGCAAAAAUAAUGUCUUGAAUUUUUGUAGAAUUGAAGCAAAGUGCAACUGUAUCAGACCUGUUGGGUAAGUUCAAAGUAAAAUGUAGGACAGAUAAACUUUGUCCAUCUUAUUUCUAAAAUAACUACUCAUUACAUGAUGACUGAGAAACCAGUGAAUAUUGCAUUCUCAAUGUGUCCUUGCCUUCAUUUUUACUUGGUAAAUAAAAACAAAGAACAAUUAAAAUGUGUGAUAAUUUAAUGU